AAAAUUAGUAAUUCUUGCUCUCUCUUAAUCUUUAUACUUAACCUACUCGAAUGUGGAUAUAGCGUUUAAUAAAAAUCUUAAUUCAAAUAAAAACCAAUAUCAUAGUUAAUACCUAAUAUGGCAAAUACUCGAAAGCUCAUUGACAUCGGGGCCAACUUAACUGAUUCUAUGUACUGGGGCAUCUAUAACGGCAGUAAAAAACACGAACCCGAUUUGUCAGCCGUUCUAAAACGGGCUUGGGAUUGCGGCCUGACUAAAACGAUCAUAACGGGAGGCAAUUUGGAAGAAAGUCAAAAGGCGAUUGAACUAGCAAAUUCUGACGAUAGGUUGUAUGCCACUGUAGGUUGCCACCCUACACGAUGUCUGGAAUUUGAAAGAGAUGGCGAGACUCCUAGUGGCUAUAUCAACAAACUGAAAAAUUUAAUUACUGCAAAUACCACCAAGGUGGUGGCACUGGGAGAAUGCGGUUUAGAUUAUGACAGAUUACAAUUUUGCCCUAAAGAGGUGCAAAAAAGAUGUUUUGAAUAUCAGUUAGAAGUAAAUAAAGACUUCAAAUUACCGCUAUUUUUGCAUUGUCGCAACUCUGCCGAGGAUUUAUAUGAAAUCCUUUCCCUGUACAACUUCCGAGGAGUCGUCCAUUCAUUUGAUGGGACUAUAGAAGAAGCUAAUAAAUUCAUUGACUUGGGGUAUUAUAUUGGAAUAAAUGGAUGUUCUCUAAAAACUCUAGAAAAUUUAAAUACGGUUGCCGCAUUGCCGGAAAAUAAAAUUCUGUUGGAAACAGAUUCCCCAUGGUGCGAAGUGAGACCAACGCACGCAGGGUAUAAAUACAUUUCGACCCAGAAUAUCUUGCCGUCGGUAAAAAAGGAGAAAUGGAAGUCAGAUCAGCUGAUUAAAAGCCGAAAUGAACCUGUUAACAUAAGGCAAAUUUUGGAUAUAUUGUCCUCAGUCCGAAAAACAGAUGCAGACACUCUGUGCCAAAUAAUAUAUGACAACACAAACAAAUUGUUCUUUAGUUGAAAAUAAAGUUAUUUAAACAA